AUGGCCCUCCCAGCCCUGGGCCUGGACCCUUGGAGCCUCCUGGGCCUUUUCCUCUUCCAAGUGCUCCUGCUGCUGCUGCCGACGCCGACCGCGGGGGGUGGUGGGCAGGGGCCCAUGCCCAGGGUCAAAUACCCUGCAGGGGACGGACGCAGGGCACUCAGCUUCUUCCACCAGAGAGGCCUCCAGGAUUUUGACACUCUGCUCCUGAGCGAUGAUGGAAACACUCUCUAUGUGGGGGCUCGAGAGACCAUUCUGGCCUUGAGUAUCCAGGAUCCAGGGAUCCUGAAGCUAAAGAACAUGAUACCUUGGCCAGCCAGCGAGUUUAAAAAGGCUGAAUGUGCCUUUAAGAGGAAGAGCACGGAGACACAGUGCUUCAACUUCAUUCGCGUCCUGGUCUCUUUGAAUGCCACCCAUCUCUACACCUGCGGCACCUUUGCCUUCAGCCCUGUUUGCGCCUUCAUUGAACUCCAAGAUUCCUACCUGUUGCCCAUCUCGGAGGACAAGGUGCUGGACGGGAAAGGCCAAAGCCCCUUCGACCCUGCCCAUAAGCACACGGCUGUCUUGGUGGAUGGGAUGCUCUAUUCCGGCACCAUGAACAAUUUCCUGGGCAGUGAGCCCAUCCUGAUGCGCUCGCUGGGAUCCAAGCCCGUCCUCAAGACAGACACCUUCCUUCGCUGGCUGCAUCCGGACGCCUCCUUCGUGGCAGCCAUCCCUUCCAGCAAGGUCGUCUACUUCUUCUUUGAGGAGACAGCCAGCGAGUUUGACUUCUUCUUCGAGAAGCUCCAUACCUCCCGGGUGGCUCGAGUCUGCAAGAAUGACGUGGGCGGUGAAAAACUGCUGCAGAAGAAGUGGACCACCUUCCUGAAGGCCCAGCUGCUCUGCGUCCAGCCGGGACAGCUGCCCUUCAACAUCAUUCGCCAUGCUGUCCUACUGCCCGCGGAGUCCCCCGACGUUCCCCGCAUCUACGCAGCCUUCACCUCCCAGUGGCAGGUCGGCGGGACCAGGAGUUCUGCGGUCUGUGCCUUCUCCCUUGCAGACAUUGAGCGUGUCUUCGAGGGGAAGUACAAGGAGCUGAACAAAGAGACAUCACGCUGGACUACGUACAGGGGCCCCGAGACCAACCCGCGGCCAGGCAGUUGCUCAGUGGGGCCUUCCUCUGAUAAAGCCUUGACCUUCAUGAAGGACCAUUUCCUGAUGGAUGAGCCGGUGGUGGGGACGCCCCUGCUGGUGAAGUCUGGUGUGGAAUACACACGGCUGGCGGUGGAGACGGCCCAGGGCCUGGACGGGCGCAGCCAUCUGGUUAUGUACCUGGGCACCCACACGGGCUCCCUCCACAAGGCUGUGGUGAGCGAGGACAGCAGCGCUCAUCUGGUGGAGGAGAUCCAGCUGUUCCCUGACCCCGAGCCUGUUCGCAACCUGCAGCUGGCCCCUACCCAGGACGCUGUAUUUGUGGGCUUCUCGGGAGGCAUCUGGAGGGUGCCCCGGGCCAACUGUAGUGUCUACGAGAGCUGCGUGGACUGUGUCCUUGCCCGGGACCCCCACUGCGCCUGGGACCCCGAGUCCCACACCUGCCGCCUCCUGACUGAGCCCCAUCCGAACUCCUGGAAGCAGGACAUGGAACGAGGGAACCCAGGGUGGGCAUGUGCCAGUGGCCCCAUGGGCAGGAGCCUUCGGCCUCAGAGCCGCCCACAGAUCAUUAAAGAAGUCCUGGCUGUCCCCAACUCCAUCCUGGAGCUCCCCUGCCCCCACCUGUCGGCACUGGCCUCUUACCACUGGAGUCGGGGCACGGCCGCGACCCCCGCAGCCUCGUCCACGGUCUACAAUGGCUCCCUCUUGCUGGUACUGCGGGAUGGAGUUGGGGGCCUCUACCAGUGCUGGGCCACUGAGAAUGGCUUCUCACACCCCGUGGUCUCCUACUGGGUGGACAGCCAGGACCGGCCGCUGGCCCAGGACCCUGAACUGGCAGGCAUUCCCCGGGAGAGCGUGGAGGUCCCGCUGACCAGGGUUGGCGGCGGCGCCCUGGCUGCUCAGCGGUCCUACUGGCCCCACUUUCUCACGGUCACUGUCCUCCUCGCCGUAGUGCUUUCCGGAGCCCUCAUCAUCCUCCUCGCCUCCCCACUGGGGGCACUCCGGGCUCGGGGCAAGGUCCAGGGCUGUGAGUCCCUGCCGCCUGGGGAGAAGGCCCCGCUGAGCAGGGAGCAGCACCUGCCCCCCUCCAAGGAGCCCAGAGCCUCUGUCGGUGAUGUGGAUGCUGAAAAACACCUGGGCACUGAGGUGGCUUAAACUUUGGGCACAGACUGGGCUGUUGGGUGGGACAGCCACCUGGCCACGCAGGCCAGGGGGCCCUGGAGGAGUGCAGCCUUGACUGUGGUGGAGUGCGUGAAAGACCACCUUCCUCCCAUGGGAGGGGCACCGACGGCAGCCUGCCUCCCCCGUGAGACUCCGUCUGCCACGGCCGGGGGCUGCCCUGUCUGCACCCUGUGCUAUGACGGGAGGACAUUCUGGCCCUCGCAGGAACCCCAGAAUCAUACUACUCCAGGAGACCCUAACCUGGCCAUGCCGGGACCCUCUGAACCACUGCAGGCUGACGCUCCUGGAAGCUGCUCCGAAGGCACCCACAGCGCCUCUCCUGGGGGCCUCUGGGGGCCUGCAGGGGGCUCCCCUCUUGCUCCUCUUACCAGCUGUGCACCACUGACUGCCAGGGAGUCUCCUGAAGUCUGACCACAUCCCCUCUUGCUCUAGCUGGGGCGGUUGUGACCCUCUCUGCCCUGGCCUGACUGGCCGGGUAAUCUGAGCCUCGUUGUCCCCUCUGCCCUGGGUGAUGCGUGAUGUCUCUCCCUCCUGUUCCUUCGUUUUGGGAUUCAGGAAACUGCUUGUCACAGACAGUUUAUUUUUUAUUAAAAAGACAAAGCUUA